AUGAGGCACCCUGGGUUUGCCAUCCAACUCCUAGCAAGGAGCUGUUAUCAUGAGGUUGGUCUCUGCCCUUGCAGUGAGAACGAGGAUCUGGAGGAGAUCGCCUCGGCCGACCUGAAGUACCUGCUGCUGCCCGCCUUGCUGGGGGCCAUGACGCUGAAGCAGGUGGACCUGAGCAAGAAGCUGGAGCACCUGGAGAGCGCCCGGGCCCACUUCUGGAGCUUCCUCAAGCUCUGCAAGAGCUACGGGCUGGGCAGCUUCCACCUGCCCCCCGCCACCAGCCCCCCGGCAGAGGAGGCUGACAGGAGCCCGCCCCGCAGGAGCCCUGCUGCCGUCCAGGACAAGCUGGUGGCCAUGGCGUCGAGCAGGCAAGCCAAAAUUGAAAGAUAUAAGCAGAAGAAGGACCUGGAGAACAGGUUGGCCUCUAUGAAAAGUUCUGUGGACAGUGGGCAAGCAGAUGAGGAGCAGAUACGGGCGUUUUAUAUCCUACAAACCCAGAAGUGGAUCAACACCAGCCUGGAGGAAAUUGAAAGUGUUGACCAAGAAAUAGUCAUAUUGAGGAGCAGAGGUACAGUGAAACAGAUAAAAGCAGAAGAAGGAACUGGAGAACGGGUCUGCUCCUGUCUCAGCCAGCAUGCUGGUUUUGAGUUGUUUUCCCAAGAAAACAAGGCUCUUGUGGCACAAGAGGUAGCUCGCUUGCACUCGCAGCAGCGGCUGUGCCGGGUGGUCUCAGGCACAGUGGACCUUUGGCCAGGAGCAGUGUGUGGGCAGAACAGGCGCCUCGGGCAGGUUUUGGGGAGGAGGGAUGGGGCCGUGCAUGGAGUUUGGAUCCUGGCUCCUGGCCUGGGGCAGUUAAUGGUUCACCAAGGUCGGUUGGAGGGAAGGGGGCGGUGGGGGGAGUGGAGCUGCUGCGGCUGCCGGACUGUCCCUUGCUGCAGGCAGGGCUCCAUGGGGACGGCUUGGGGCCAGCCAGCCUCGGCCACCCUGCUCGGUGCCCGGCCGCAGUCCUUGGCACUUGCUGGGGUUGGACACUGCCCUGUGCCUCCCAGCUGCACCAGCUGGGAAAGACACGAAUCAUCUGGGAGCCUGAACACGGGCAAGGUCCUGGCCUUUGGGGAGCUGGGCACGGUGUGGGAUGUGCCACUGCACUCUGCUCCAGUGCUGCACCCAAGCUCAUGGACAUGUCUGGGCCCAGGGGUGCCCAGCCUGCCCCCUGCUCGGCUCAAGGCUGUUCCAAGAGCAGCCAGCAUGGUCCAGAGUUCUCAGGAUGAGCAUCCUCCAUCCCAUCCCUCCUCACCCAACUGCUUGUCCUGGGUUCAGCAGUAG